CUGGGCUUGGCAGGUCCCCUGAGGGGUGUGGGUCCACUUCCGGCCGGGGGCUCGGCGCCUGUGGAUGCUUGGAGGGCUGAGUAUCCUAGCCUGAGUUCCUUGGCAUUCAUCCUUUUCCACCUCUAGGCCCAGAGUGGCCCCAAACUCCCAGAAAGCAAGGACGAUUUUUCUUUUCCUCGAGUCCUAUCUGUGCAUGACAACAGGAAGUUUCCUUGGAGAUGGCAGCCCUGGGUCCGCCAAACAGGUCACCUCCUGUUCCACCUGCCAUCUCAUUCUCCCCCCCUGAAGUACAGCCUGGACCCCCACACCACCAGGCUCAUCUUCACUUCUAUCAUCAUCAACAUGGCUAUAAGAUCGGUGCUGAGAAAGAAGAAUGGACCCCAAUGCAAGAGUUUCCUGAGGAAGCGCUAUCAUAUCACGCAGGGUUGCCAUCUUCAGGACUACUGGAUGUCCUCCAAGUACCAGAGUUCCAUGAAUCUUGUAAGACUGAGGACAAUUCAGAGAGGCAGAAAGAUUCCUUGUCUGGGAAAACUCCCAGAGGGAAGGGAGACCAUGAACUGAAUACAUCUGGGAAAAACUUCAAUCAGAAUUCAAAUUUUGUUAAACAUCAAGGAAAUGCCAAAGAAGUGAGGCCCCAUAAAUGUGAUCUAUGUGCGAAAAGCUUCAAAUGCCAUUCAGAUAUUAUUAAACACCAGAGAAUUCACACUGGAGAAAAACCCUAUGAAUGUGAGGAAUGUGGGAAGACCUUCAGCCAGAGUUCAGAUGUAAUUAAACACCACAGGAUUCAUUCUGGAGAGAAACCCUAUGAAUGUAGUGACUGUGGGAAGACUUUUAUUCAUAGCUCACAUGUAGUUAGACAUCAGAGAAUUCAUAAUGGAGAGAAACCUUAUGAAUGCAAAGAAUGUGGCAAAGCUUUCAGCCAGAGUUCAAACCUUAUACGUCACCAGAGAAUUCACACUGGAGAAAAACCUUAUGAAUGUAAUGAAUGUGGAAAAACAUUCAGUCAGAGCUCUGAUGCUAUUAAACACCAGAGAAUUCAUACCGGAGAGAAACCUUAUGAAUGUAAUGAAUGUGGGAAAGCUUUCAUCCAUAGUUCAAAUGUUGUUAGACAUCAAAGAAUACAUCAUGGAGAGAACCCCUAUGAAUGCAGAGAAUGUGGCAAAGCCUUCAGCCAGAGCUCCAAUCUCAUUCGGCAUCAGAGAAUUCACACAGGAGAAAGACCCUAUGAAUGUAAUGCAUGUGGGAAAGCUUUCAAUCAAUUUGUCUUACUUAUUGAACACCAGAGAAUCCACACAGAAAUGAAACCAAAAAAACCUAACAGAUGUAAGAAAAUGCUUAGGCUUAACUCUGAUGCUACCAAACACCCAGAGAAUUCAGAGUGAGGAAAGGUCUUUUGAGUACAAGUGUGAGAAAGUCUUUAGUCAGAGUUCACAUACUCCUCAGCAAAACUCUUCAUGUGAAUAUGUAAAGGAAAAUUCAUAACUGAAUUUUCUACUUCUUCAAGUUUUCAGAUAAUUCUCAAAUUAUAAUGGUCUUAUGGACAGAGACAAAACCAGUUGGUUUUGUGUUUAGAAAAGUCACCUGUAAAGAGGCAAUUAAUGAGUGCUGUAUCCCUGAUGAAACUGACAGCUGUAUGCAAGUCUUCAGGGCCUUUCCCCUUUCCUUACUCAGUAUAGAUCAAAGGAAUAAAGGAAAAUAUCAGUAGAGUAUGGUUAAAUGGAAGCAAAGGAUAUUGAGAAAAUCACCAAGUUUUAAUUCUUCUGUUUCUACUUCUGUCAUUUUCUUCUGGGCUGAAUCACAUUGUCCUCAGAUGAAACCAAUUUCCCUCUUUUCAAACACUCUCUAAGCCCAACCAUCACGUUUGACAUUAUAGUCCUGCUCAGAAUCUUUCAGUGGAUUCUCACUGUCUAGAGGACAUAAAGUUCUAGGGUUGGGCUUGUGGCCCACCACAGUUAUCUGUGUUUCUUUGCUAUUAAUACAUACCACAUUUGUUUUGCUUCUGAGCCUCCAUUUUUGUUAUCUGGAACCCUUUCCCUCCUUCUGCCUUAUCCUACAAGGCCCAGCUGAGGUCUCAUGUCUUCCAGAAAACCUUCUCUACUUAUUCCAGUACUCAGCAAUUUUUAAUGUGUUUCUAAAACUAUUUAGUGUCAAUACCAUGAGUUUGAGGAUGGAAUUGUCUUUUUUUU